AUGGCUCGUUCAUCAAUAAUGAAUGAAACUGUUGUGUUAACGCACAAUCCAUGGCCAAAAAAAACUGGCAUGGAAACUUUAAUGGAACGAUUAGUUUCUACAAAUACCAAAUGUUAUGCAUGUGGCGCACUUGUUUAUGCUGUCGAGAAGAAAAAGACAGCUAAUCAUAUCUAUCAUAAUCGAUGUUUUCGUUGUCGAAUUUGUAAACGAAAUCUAACUGAAUCAUCACUUAAUGAAGAAGGCGAUGAUAUUUAUUGUGCAAAUUGUUAUCGAAAAAAACAAAGUGGUGAUUGCAAUAGUUUAGAUUUUCGACGAGCUGCAUCUGAACGAGCACAAUAUAUUUAUAAUAAUCAUGAUUCUGAUCAAACACAAUCAAGUGGUAAUCCACGACCACCAAUUAGACAUGAUUUUUCACGACAUCCAUCAUUAACAUUACGUCAAAUAGAACGACAAUUUCUUUCUUAUCAACCACCAAAUUUUAACACCUAUAAGAUAAUCGAUAGAAAUUCUCAAACACCUAGUUUAACUUUUGAACGUCCAAUUAUUAAAACAAGUUUUUCUACUCCAAUUAAAUUUAUAACAAUUCGACGUAGUUCAUCAUUAGAAAAAGAUCAACGAUCACCAUCAAGAAAAACUGAACGAUCACCAUCAGUAAAAGCUGAACGAUCACCAUCAUUGCAUUUUUCACCUGUUUUUUCACCUAUUAUAAAGAGUUCUACAAAUUUAAAAGAAACAACAUUUAAAACAUCACGAGAAUUCAAUGAAACAAAAAUUAAUAAUGAACAAUCAAAACCAUUAAUAAACUCAAUUACUAAUAAUCGUUCUCAAUUAAAAAAUAUUCUUAUCAAUUCAACUAAGGUACCAUCACAUUCAAUCGAACCAUCAAAAUCACUCGAACGAAAACAUAGUAUCGUCAUAGAUGUUAAUCAAAAUAAUAAUAAUAAACAAAAUAUAUUUCGCUUUCCAAGUACUACUUCUACUGUUAUUCCAAUUCGUAAUCGAAAUUUGGAAGAAUCACUUGAUUUAUUCUUCGCAAAGCAAAUAUUUGAUCAAUGGUCUUCUUCUUGUUUACUAAAUAACAAGCUACUUGUUGUCUAUCGUGGUCAACUACUUUCUCAUGACGAUAUGAUACGAUUACAAUCACUUGUUGGACAACACAUUACAAUGAGCCAGUAUAUAUCGACAACAAAAGAUAUUCGAAUAGUAGAAAUGUUUGCAGGUAACGGAGAACGUCGACCUCAUUUCGAAUCAGUUGUGUAUGAAAUUGAUACGAGUAUCAUCUAUGAAUAUUAUAAUGAUAAACCAGACCCGUCUAUUUAUUAUUAUGACAUUAGUCAUAUCAGUCAUUUUAGUGAGGAAGAAGUUUUGUUUCGGAUUGGAACUAUUUUUAAAGUGGUAAGCAUUGAAGAACCAUCCGAAAGUAUUGAUAACCGAUGGCAUGUAAAGUUACGUCUUGAAAAAGGUGGUGAUUUUCGAUCCAAAAACACGAUUAAUCGAACACCAAAGGAAAUUGUUCAAUCAUUUUUCAACAAAGCAAGCCAAAAGAAAAAGAUUAGUGUUGAAAAUAUCAUUAAUGAACGUUUAUCUUCGAAUAUUAUAAUUGUUAUGAGCGUUUUUAUCCGUCUUGGUCAUUUAGUGAAACAUCAUCCACAAGAACAACUUCAUUAUUACCAAUCUGCAUUAUCAAAAAUAUCUUCAAACGAAUCAUCUCUUCUAGAAGUUGGUUAUGAGAUCAUACGAAUGCGUUGUACUUCGAGUGUUAACGACUGGACAUCUGUACCUUUGAGCAUUUAUCGUCAAACAGUACUUCAUAUUGAUGGUAAUCUUAGAAAACAAUUAUAUCGUGAACUCGCUCGGAUUGACGAAGCACGUGGUGAUUUUCAUUCAGCUAAAAUGCAUUAUGAUGAUGCUUUGAAGUACACAAAUGAUUGUUUAGAAAGACAAUUGAUAUUGAGUGACUUAGAACGACUUAAUAGUAAAGUCGACGAUUUAAAACCAGUACUUCCAUCAAAUCAGGUCGCUUAUUGGUAUUUAUAUGCUACUGUAUUAACGAGUGAAGAACAAUCACUUAUCGAUCAUAAAUGCGAUAUAUUUCAUCGCCAAUGUGAUGAUGAUGAUGAUGCUGAUCCUGACCAUUUAUUAGAUAUGCCAAAUUGUUUCACAGACGAAUAUAUACAAAACAGUGGUUCUCAUGCGUCAAUAUUUCAGUUAUUUGAUUUAAUGCUUCGUCCUCAUCAACAAAGAAAUAUAGAAGAGAAUAACAGUAAUCAACAGCCAGUAAUUAAUGAUAUUCAAUAUCACCAGCAAAUCCGCGACGAUGAAAAUGCUACUAAUCAACUUAGACAGCAAAUUAAUAACAUUUCUUUGGUUACUGAUGAAUCUUCAUUUACCUCGGAUUGCAUUAUUUCUUAA